AACCGGUGAGUGUGCGUGGAGACUUUGUAUUGCAAGCAGUUGAUCAGUCGCCUCUGCCAUGAUGCGCUUAUUAGUGUUAUCUGCUUUCCUGGUCUUUGCGUCUGCGGCGACCAUACCGGAACUUGCUACACAGUUAGGAUGUACUGAGUUGGUAAAGCUUGUCGAGCAUGCAGGCCUGGCUGAAGUGCUUUCUAGGGAAGGACCAUUCACCGUAUUUGCACCAACAAACGAUGCAUUUGCAAAACUCCCUAAGGCGGUUCUGGAAGACCUGAUGAGAAACAGGCAGCUACUUAGCGAAGUUCUUAAAUACCACCUGGUCUACGGAAGUUUGUAUUCAUCCGAGCUGACCAAUGAAAUGACGGAAGCUAGCUUAGCGCCCCUAGCAAACAUUCGAUUCAACAUAUAUAACACCGGGAAUCUCAUCACCGCAGAAGGUAGCCCUGUGGAGAAGGCCAAUCAGAAUGCGUCCAAUGGGGUCAUCCAUGUCGUCAACAGAGUUCUCUUCCCUAUACCCUUCCUGGAUAUUCCACAGUUGAUCGUACGAGAAAGGGCGCGCUUUUCUAUCCUUCUUGAUGCCGUUGUGAAAGCAAACAUCGUCGCGGUUCUUAGCGGAGGUCCAUUUACACUCUUCGCACCAACCAACGACGCCUUCGCAAAGAUACCCGCCGAUGCCCUAAAAACACUUUUUGACAACAUAACUGCACUUACAGACGUCCUGAAUUAUCACGUGAUCAGCGGAACCUUCUGGAGCUCCAGUCUAUCUGAUGGCAUGACGCCAAAAACUGUGGAGGGAAAGACGGUCAAAAUUACUAUAAAUGGUGGAGGUAAAGUGAGUGUUAACAACGCUAACGUAGAGGAGGCGGACGAUGCCGUUACAAACGGCGUCAUCCACGUAAUUGACACGGUCCUUUUGCCGCCAUCGUUUCACAUCAAUUAGAAAUAGCAUUUAACAAAUUAUAUUGUUCAAAUGAGUAUGUUUUUAUAAUUAAAUGUGAUUUUUAUUUA